AUGAAGAGGGUUAUUUUACUGAAAAACAAGGCGGAGGAUUCAGAUAUAUACCAAGUACAUUUUGAACAGAAUGGUUGGCAACCUAUCUUUGUUCCUUUGUUAAAGCAUACCCACGUUCCCAAUGAUAUCUUAAGUAUAAUAAGGGACCAACAACAAUUUCCAAAAGUUAAACACCUUGUUGUUUCCUCUCAAAGAGCUGUUCAAUGUUUAGUUGAAGAGGUUAUUCCAGUAAUUUCUGAGUCAGAGAAAACUCAAUUGCUGAAUAAAACGGUUUACACUGUUGGCCCUGCAACGCAAGAUUUCCUUGUUAAAAGCGGGUUCAAAGAUGUACGAGGUGGUAAAGAAACAGGUAACGGCAGCCUUUUGGCAGAAUUCAUAAUUGAUGAACUCAGUCCUGGGUGUCCAGCCGCUUUCCAGGACCCAAUACUACUGCUUGUAGGAGAAAUCAGAAAAGAUAUCAUUCCUAAAAGAUUGACAGAAGCUGGAUUCAAGGUUUCCGAGAUAGUAACGUACAAAACAGAGGAGUUGGGUGGAAACUUGCGUAGAUUCCAGGAAUUGUUCCAAGAGGAUGAUUGGGUUGUCUUUUUUAGCCCUCAAGGCACUUCAGAAAUCGUUGAGAUACUAAAGGGUUUGAAAGCCAAGGUGGCCUCGAUUGGUCCCACAACGAAACAAUACCUUGUGAAGGCCGGGCUGCCACCACAUGUCGUGAGCCAUAAGCCAGAACCGAAGUCAUUAUGUGAUGCAAUAACUAAUUUUUAA